UCAGAGCCGUUCGGUGUGGAGGAGACGGGCUGCGAUCGCUGCUCUUCCGUUCCCCCCCUCGCUCGCUCGCUCGCUCUCUCUCUCGCGAGCACGUCCACGCAUUUGAAUUAGAAUCACGUCUCGGGCCAGGCUGCUCGCGCCGAUGAAGCCCGUGGACGCGCUCCUCGGUGACGCGCAGGCGGGUGAACGGCGGUGGGGCUGAAGCAGCGCUGCGAUGGGGGGCAAUCUGGGGUGCCACCGGUCCAUCCCCAAGGACCCGAUGGACUUCUGCGAGAAGAAGCGCAAGUUCAGCGCGGCGUGCAACUUCAGCCACGUCCUGGUGAACCAGGAGCGCGUGAACAUCAACACAGCCACGGAGGAGGAGCUCAUGACGCUGCCCGGUGUGAACCGCACCGUGGCGCGCAACAUCGUGGAGUACCGCGCGCGCAUCGGCGGCUUCAAGAAGGUGGAGGACGUGGCGCUCGUGAGCGGCGUAGGGGCCGCCAAGCUCGAGCUCAUCAAGCUCGAGAUCUGCGUGAGCAGCAGCAGGGAGCACGAGCAGCCGCCGGCGUGCGCGGGCGUCAACGUGAACACCGCCACGGUCGCGCAGCUCCUCAGCGUGCGCGGCGUCACCGAGAAGGUGGCCCGGAGCAUCGUGGAGCACCGCCACGCCCACGGACCCUUCAGGAGCGUGGAGGACCUGGUGCGCGUGGACGGCGUCAGCUCGUCGCUGCUGGACAGGAUCAGGUCGCAGGUGUUCGUGGAGCGCUCCAGGACGCCGUCCACGCACACGAACGGCGGCCUGACCGCCACGUGCAAGGCGCACCCGAGCCCGACCUCGGUGAGCCUCCACAGCGAGGACAUGAUCAUAGACCUCCCUCCCGGGGGCCCCACGCAGAUCGGCUCGUCGCGGCCGUGCGCGGAGCCCUUCUGCGGGAUGCGCGACGGCAAGGCGGUGGUGCGCGUGGCCACGUGGAGCCUGCAGAGCUGCUCCUGCGAGAAGGCCAACAACCCCGGGGUGAAAGAGGUGGUCUGUAUGACCCUCCUGGAGAACGACAUCAAGCUCCUCGCAGUACAAGACUUGGUAGAUCGAGAGGCUCUAGAGAAGUUCUGUGUAGAGCUGAACCAGGGAACUCUGGGUAGUGUUCGGAGGUGGACGGGUCUCCGCGGGACGUGGAGAUGCGCCGUGUCUGAGGAACCCGCCGGCCAGUUCCCCAAGGGUUCGGUGUUCUCCGGCUUCCUGUGGAACAGCGCCUGCGGGAUCGAGCUCACGGAGGCUGUCCUGCUGGAAAGCCCGGUCACCAACGGCAACGGGAAGCAUGGCCACCCGCGACCCUUCCUCGCACGCUUCGCCAUCGGGUCGUCGGAGCUGACGCUCGUGAACGUCCACCUCGGGCCGGCCCCCUCGGGAGACCAAAACGGAAAGAGCCGCACGGACAGCCACAGGAUCGCACGCCUCGCCGACGGCAUCCAGGACGCCCUGAGAGGGGAGAAGGAUCUGCUGGUUUUGGGGGACUUUGGGCUGCCGCCGGACAGCGGGGAGCUGGACCUCCUGAGGAAGGAGAAGCUGAGCCCCCUGGUGCCGCCCUCCCAGUUCACCAACAUCAGCACACGGAGUCCGCAGGGCUCGCGCUGCCUGGACAACAUCUGGGUGAGCCGCUCCCUCAAGAAGAUCCACACAGGCCACUGCUGGGUGGUGCGAGAAGGCCUGACCAAUCCCUGGAUCCCGGACAACUGGUCGUGGGGCGGCGUGGCUUCAGAUCACUGCCCCCUGGUGGCCGAGUUCUACACGGACGCGGCGCCCAAGGAGGGGGUGGAGAACGACACCGGGAGCGGGGUGGCGGUUGUGGACCGGGGCGAAACCACGCUCAGGCAUGAGCGGUGAUCGGUCCACCCCCCCGCAGACUAAGAGAUGGGAAGCGACAUCACUGUGGGUCCUGUCCUCCUCCUCCUGGCUGCUUUUUCUAGCUGAACGAGGGAUUUUUUUAUAUAAAGAUGGAAGCAUUUGUGUCGCAUUUUCACACCUAUUGUUCAGCUACACCUGAGAUUUCAAUGAUUAUAGGAAUAGUUUAAAUAAAUAAUAUAUAAAUAUAGGGACAUACGGAAAAUGUCUAGAAAAAAUAUAUAUGAAAUAUUGACAAUGUAUUGUGCCAAAAGUUUUUAAAUAGUAUUAACCUUUUAAACCGAAAUGAAGUGAAAUUUCGAAAUGCACUUUUGUCCGGAGACUCAUACGUCGAUAAUUUUGAACAUGGUAAUUUUAAAGAAUCUUGUAUAGCUUUGUAAAAAUGACACAAAGUACUGCUUAUGAUACUCCUGUGAACUUUUAUCAUGUUCUUUUAGAAGAAGGCCAUCUAAAGAUGGUACUGUAUGCAGCUUAUAUGGGCAAACUAUUAAAAUGGAGUAAAUAGUGUCAAAUGUAUGUAAUAACUUCCUAGUAUUUUCACAUAUAUAGGGUUUUCCAGACCUGACUUUAAGGGCCUGGUGUAAAUGCCCCCCCAACACCCACCCACCAUUCAGCUUUUCAGUUAAUUAGAAUUGAUUUUGUCGUUUGUUCAUUCGAACAGGAACAUAAAUUGAGUCCUCUAUUAUAAAUUGAGGGGCUACAUCUGCCAUCGCGUCGGUUUCUCGUCAUCCAUCCUCCGUAAUUUACCUCGCACUCCCGUCAGAUGUCGACAAUCAGGAUUUUGCUCUGUCCGCUCCUCUGGAGAGGACAACCACUGUGAUGGAAGUGUCCUUCUGACCGUUUCACGACACCUAACGGAGCCAUAUGUCUCUGUCUUGCGCGUAUUUGGGAAACUUCAGCGUCGUUUUUAAUGGUUGCUAAUGACAAAAGGGAAGUUACUUGUAGAAUGAAGUUUUAAAGUGCACUUUUUUCAGCAGGUGUUGAUGAAACGCCUGGAGAGCUGUGGGUGAGGCUUCCUGGCAGUACGUGAGAUUGAGUCGCCAGUCAUUUGAACUUUGUAAUAUUGAUUGAUUGCGUCCCUCAGCAUUUAACCUAGUUUGGGUAUUUGAUACCCUGUUCACUGACACACCCUGCCGUCUGGCCUUGAUUUCGGUCAUACGAUUGCAGUUUGUAACAUUGAAGACCUGAGCAAUUUGAUCAGGCGAAAAAAAAUUUCUUCUCACGCAAGACUGUCUGCCAAACAAGACCCGUGACUUGUGCUUUAGGUGCAGGAUUUUUAUUACAGGGCAGCUUAAUUCUCCCCUUUGAGAACUGAAUAAGAAGGUACCCUAAACAUGUAUCAGUCCUAGCUGCAGAAAUCCCAAAUAUUGACUGUCUUAUUAUUGAUGACCCUGAAUGACCUGCAGAGUCUAGACUUUAUUUAAGAUGGCUACGAUCAUUUAUUAUUGUUGAAUGUUUGAGCCUGAAGAGUUUUAGAGUAAAAUGUAAGAUUUUCAGGAUUUUUUUUUUUUUUUUUUUGCCUAACCUUGAUAUGCACUGUGGUUUAUAUUUCGUUAUAUGCCUUACUCUCUUUGGCUCUAGCUACUGGUUCAGUGCAGGUCCUUCCUCACCUGUGUCAUGACCACAGCCGUUGAACUGCCAGUGACCUGUUCACCGUGAAGAGUUCCCUGCUCAUUUGAGGGGGGGGGAAAGCACAUUUUUCAUUCAUUGUGUGGAUCUUCAGUGCGAAAGCGCUGCUGCAGGACAUGGUACCAAGCUACCGUGGUAAAACGGCCAGGUGUGGUCGUGGGGCGAUGCUGAGGUUUAUGGUGUUUGCAAUUAUAUAUUAUACAUAAGACAUGUAACUGUGCUAUUCAGCAGCCUGUCAAUCAAGUUUUACUCAGAGUUCAUUUUUGUAACACUUGAACAUAACAUGAAAAUCUAAAGGGAUGUCUUUACUGCUACCUGCACUUAUGAUUUUUACAUUAUGCAUAAGAUGAGGAAAAUAAACAGGCACGGCUGGCGCAUUGUCUCACACGUUGCUCUCUAAAUCCAUGUGGUCCUGAGAGAGCGUGUGCUGCAAUCCCACCAACACCCAGUGCCUGUUUUCUCCUCUACGCUCCUUUCCGCGGCUGAAAGAAAGGGCCACGCAUGGGUUCGAUGACAAAGCUCUCCAUUGUUCUCCUUUUCGCUGUCGAAGCUGGAGCACAAUGACGUGUUGUUGAUCCGUGCUGUCCCACGAGAAGUGAAUGAUCACAAUUCCAUGUUUAGUUGCUGUUGCCAUGAAAAUGGUCUGCAGUGACGAAACUGUGACUGUUGGCAUCGUUUUCCUAAAGAGAUGUUUCGCAACACUAGACGUCUAGGUUACGCUAAGGUGCUGUCCUAUGGGGUUAUUUUCGAUAUUACAGCUGAGCGUAUUUUGUAAAUGUGUCACCGUGGAAAUCACUGUAGCCUGUUGAGGGGAAGAGAUGAGAAAA